AUGGCCCCCCAGCUGAUCCUGCCUCGCGACGCUGCAGAACUGCGUCGAGCUUGCGCAGCGGAUUUCGAGCUGUCUCCUGCACCAGACCCUGUUGAGUGCAGCAUUUGCUUGGAGGGCGAUGCCUGCGUGCUGCUUCCCUGCGGUCACCGCUACCAUGCUGACUGUUUGAACAGAUGGUUUGAGACACGUCAAGUUUGCCCCUCCUGUGGUAGAGCCUACGGUGAUACUGUGGGUUCCAUGCCUGAUGGGGUGAUGACCUGGCAGUGGCGGAAGCAACGCUUGGCUGGGUACAGCUGCCCCACGGUGGUGCUGCACUUUUUUUUCCCGCGAGGAGCUGUGGAUGGAGAGGAUUUCGAGGGACGGUCGCAGCAUGCGUAUUUGCCUGACAACGAGGAAGGAAGAGAACUCCUUGCGCUUUUCCAGCUGGCUUUCCGCCGGCGUGUGCUUUUCGGUUUGCGGCCUUCUUUGACCACAGGUCGCAUGCGGCCAACUUUUUCGAUUCACAUGAAGACGUCCAUGAGCGGUGGCCCAGCACGACAUGGCUACCCCGACCCGCAAUAUAUCGCAUCUGCGAAGGAGGAGCUGCGGUUGGCAGGAAUCGAGAUUGACGCGGCGCUGCCAGUAGCCGUCUCUCUCCAUGGAGGAACUUUUGGCUGCGCCAAAUGUCGGCGACUUUCAGUGGGCUUCAUCAACAAGCUCAUCUACCCGGGGAUCCCAGUGGCAUGUUUCUUCGCGCUGGUGGCAACAGGAAAAGGGCGGAUCGCCGUCCUUGCUGAAAUUUCACUGGAAGCGGCGCUGCUUCUCCCGGCUUCCUUGUUCACCCUGGGAUUCAUGGUGUGGAUCUUCCUCACGACGAUUGCAUACACUCCUCUGGACCUACUCUGCAUGCUUGUUGUCACCCUCGCCAAUCUGUACGUUGCCCUUCGACUGCUUCUGCAGCGCCGGUACCGCUGCUUCGACACAGUUGCGAGACGAGCACGGCUUUGGUUGGUUAACCGGCUUGCCCAGCUGGGCCUUCUGAACUUGGUGAUUCUCUAUUCUCGCAUCUGGCAGUACGGCUACGGCAAGGUGGCUCUUCUGGCAGCUGUUUUUGCCUUCCUGGUUCAGCUCCUAAGACGAACGCUGGGGUACCGGACCGCGUGGGUCCAGGACUCCGCCAGUCCCAACCUGCACGAAGCUCUCGAGACCGCACCGUGGCCUGGUUGCCAGGAUCCGAUUGGAGAAGUGGGCCCAUUGCGAGAGGAAGACUGGGCCAGGUAUUCCUGCUGUACGUCGCUACAGGGGCGCAUGGACAUGAGGCGAGUGCAUCAGGACUUGUUGCGGCCGCUUGAUGAAAGCGGCAGGGCUUGCGCGAGUGCUGUCAUCCACAGGCUGCUCGCGAACGAGCUGCGCUUUUCGGAGGAGUAUGCCGUGUUCUACCACAGCUACUCGACAUCCUGUCUGCUCUAUGAGCUGCAGGCCGUCCUUGCUGCAGAGUUUCUCGGCUACCCGCCAGAUGGGCCCCCUGUGCUACGCUUGAACAGGACUCCUUUCGAGCGCAUAUCGUCCCUGCAACACUUGUUGGACCUCCGCAAAUCCAGUCCAAGCGACCGCAUCCCCGAGUUCCGCGCCGUGUCCAUUUCCGCGUUCUGUUCCUGCUUUGCCUCUGGAGGCUACGGUAAGAGCAUGUUGGAGAACUACUUCAUCGACGGCUACUACACGUCCCAUGACGUCAGCGCCGACAUCCGCCGGCUGCUGGAACUGGUCUUGCAGAGUGGGAGGGGGCUCGACGCUCUGCCGACCCUGCUGCCCGAGAUCCUGGGCCUUGGCACAGCAUUCAACCUGGACUCCCGAGGACAGCCCGGAGCAAAGGGCCCCACUCUUCGGCGCGGGCAUGUCCUUCAGAUCUUCGUCCACGAAUCUGUUCUUGACGCUGUGGCCUAUGGGGCACAGCCGCUGGGCUCCCUGGCGCCACAAGGAGUUCCCGUUUCUGAGUGGCUCCGGCAGCAGUGCCCGGUGGAAGGCCAAGCACGUAUGUUUGUGCAUCCGGACCUGUUCCUCGACACACAUCGCGGCCUCGUGCGCACUGUGCCCGUCAGCCCACGGCCCUUCGACCGCGCUGGUCUGCGCAGACGCCUUCAAGAGCUCCUUGCACCUCACUUUGCAAAGGUGGCCAAGGAUGAGUUCAAAGUUGCUUUCGGCUUUCGAGAUGCUUGGCAGCAGCAGCAGCAUCCUGAAGGAAAGAACACCGGAGACGGCUGCCACACACGCGUUGUGUUUUGCUUUUGCGAAGCGGGUCAGAUCACUUGCGAUGACCUGGGCAGGUCCUUGAAGUAUGCGUACCCGUGGGCCUUUGAGAAUUUGCUGCACACCCUGGACAACACGCCGGACUUUUCCAACACACAGCUCCCGCAGCUGCGGCCACAGACAGCAACAUCCAGCGCACCUACGCCACAUACGCCUGCAGCGGCGCGAAUCCAGGAGUGGGAUACCUCAGAUGUGACUACCUUGAGCCAUGAGGCCCUGGUCAGCCACUUGCAAACACAGGUGCUUCGAGGCAUGAAAAAGCGGCGAUCUCGAUCCCAACCCCACCUGUCCAAGGCCAUGCCGAAACUGGAGCAGUCGCUGGCAGAGAAGGGCAUGAGAACUACUCGCGCCCGGAACUCCUAUGGCAAUUUCUUCGAGAAGGAAUCGACUUGGGAGAAGGAGAUGCAGGCCGAGCGUGAGAUCGUGCACCAGAUAUCUCUGAAACUCCCUCAGCCGCGCAACCGAUGGCUGGGUGAUUCGGCGGUUGCUCUGGAAGCGGCGCAGGUCUUGACGCAAGUCCGAACUCAUCCAGAUUCUUGGUUUGCCGUGGACACGAUCCUCGCCACUUCGCACAGUCCCGAUACCAAGUUUUUCGCGUUAAAUGUGCUCGAACACGUCAUCUCAACACGCUGGAUGGUCUUAACUGACGCACAGAAGGCAGGCAUCAAGAACUAUGUGGUUCAGCUUGUGAUCAAGAUCUCAGCCGACGAGCAUUUUGCCACGACGCAAAAGCACGUGCUCACGAAACUGAAUGAGACGCUUGUGAACAUCGUCAAGCAGGAGUGGCCACACGCCUGGGAGAACUUCAUUCCAGACAUCUGUGGCUCUUGCAAGACCAACCAGCUUCUGUGCGAAAACAACCUCCGCAUUCUGAACAUGGUGAGCGAGGAGAUCUUCACAUUUGGAAAGUCGCAGAUGGUGUCGAAGAAGGUGGUCAAGCUGAAGGAAUCGCUGAAUGCACAGUUUGCUGCCAUUUACGAGAUAUGCAGUUACAUUCUCAAGAGCCACGUUCAGAGCCCUGGCUCUGUGAAGCCGUCCCUGAUCACCACCACCCUCAGCACCCUGGCGAACUUCCUGGAGUGGAUUGGGUUGGCCUUUAUUUUCGAGACCGACCUCAUUCAGAUGCUCUUGCUGCACUUCUGGGACCCCUUAGAGUACCGCCUGGAUUGCGCCCGAUGCCUCAAUGAGAUCGCCUGCUUGCACGAGGGCGUGCAGCAAUAUCAGCCCCAGAUCAUCCAGUGCUUCCAGGGCGUGGUUGAAAAGAUUCAGCAGCUCCCCGAGAACAUCAAUGAGGCUUGCGCCAACCUGCCUGGUCCGCAGCGCAUCUUCUGGGAAGUUUUCCACAACCAGGUGGCCCUUCUGCUGACCGGCUUCUUGAAGCAUCAUAUGGCCGCAAUGGAGGCCCAGAGCCGGUACAUGAUCCCUGCCUUGAACUACCUGGUGAGGAUCUCCAUGGGCCCCAACGAGGAGACCUUCAAAAUCUGCGUUGAGUUCUGGCAGACUUUCAGUGCGCGCGUCUACCUGGAGAAUCAGGCACCCCAACUUUCCCACAUGCAGGCACCGCUGCUGAUGGACACCUAUCGCGACAACAGCCAACGCGAGAAGCUGAAGCUUUACGCCCCAGUCUUGGCAGAGGUGCGGCAGGUGCUGAUCUCCAAAAUGGCAAAACCUCCGGAGGUGACCAUCAAAGAGAACGAGGAGGGGCAUAUCGUGCGAGUGGAGGAGGAGGACACGGACGAGCUUGCUCUGUACAAGAUGAUGCGUGAAGCUUUGAUCUAUCUGACCCACCUGGACUCCAGCCACAUGGAACGCAUUGUGCUGCAGCGGGUGGAGCAGGAAUGCUUGGAGAGGAAGGACCUGGAAAAGUGGUCCCCUUUGAUGUUAAACCGCCUGUGCUAUGCCAUCGGGUCUAUCAGCGGUGCCAUGCAGGAACCGGACGAGAGGAAGUUCGUGGUCGCGGUGAUCAAGGACCUCUUGAACCUUUGUGACAUGAAGAAGGGGAAGGACAACAAAGCAGCAGUGGCCAGCAACAUCAUGUACGUGGUGGGUCAGUAUCCUCGAUUCCUGAGGGCCCACUGGAAGUUUCUGAGGACUGUGGUCUUCAAGCUCUUCGAGUUCAUGCACGAAACCUUUCCGGGGGUCCAGCAGAUGGCAGUUGACACCUUCCUUCGGAUAUGCCAGAAGUGCAAGAAGAAGUUCAUCGUGCAGCAGAGCAACGAGCCUGCGCCCUUCAUCGAGACAAUGCCAAGCCACAUUGCGCAGGACAUCUCGGAACUGGAGCCGUUGCAAAUCUGCACUUUCUUUGAGGCGGUCGGACACAUGAUAAGCGCCGCCUCGUCGGACCAGAAGGUGCGCUUGAUCGCCCUCCUCAUGGGAAUCUUCAACGAGAAGUGGGCCUCCAUUUUGAGAGGACUCUCAGCUACAGGGUCUUUGGAAGUCUUCGUGCAGAACCAGCAGGUCUUGAGGGAAAUCUCGCUGAUUCUGCGCGUGAAUGAGCGCAUGGUCAUCGCCAUUGGCACGGCCUGCCACGCACAGCUUGCAGGUAUGUACUGCGAUAUGUUGAAGAUCUACAAGGUCUGCAGCGACUUCAUCUCCCACAGUACGGCGCAGCAGGGUGCACAAGUCAUGCACCUGGCAAAUGUGAAGCUGCUGCGGAAUGUCAAGCGCGACACCCUGCGGCUGGUCCGAUCCUUUGUGGACGCGGCCACACCGCAGGGCGCCGCGGAGGUGCGGCUGACUCCGGCGCAGAUCGCGCAGCGCUUCGUCCCGCCAUUGCUGGAGCCGGUUUUAGCAGACUACCGCAGUAACAUGCCCCAGGCGCGGGAUGCAGAAGUCUUAGACUUGCUUGCUGUCCUGGCGACCAGGAUACAUGAAUCCAUUUCGCAGGAAGUGGGGAGGAUAUUCGAGAUGGUGCUGGAGUGCACGUGUGACAUGAUCAAGGGCGACUUCCAAAGUUACCCGGACCACAGGGUGAAGUUCUACGACUUGCUCAAGGCAAUCAAUGCAAAUUGCUUCCAGGCCCUGUUCUAUUUGCCAGAGGCCCAACUGAUUCUCUUCGUGGACUCGUUGAUUUGGGCCAUGAAGCAUGAGCAGCCACAAGUGGCCGACAGCGGCCUGCAGGUGCUCUCACAGUUUCUGGAGCGCCUUCUGAGUGGCCCAAGUAGUAUUUAUGUUCCUUUCUUCAAACAGUACUACUUCCUCAUCCUUCAAGCCGUCAUUGGUGUUCUUACAGACACCUCCCACAAGAGUGGCUUCAAGCUGCAGCAGCACAUUCUGCUGCAACUCAUCGUUGCCGCUGAGAACCAAAUGCUCAGCGACGCAGCGCCAAAGCAGCGCGUGAUGGAGUUCCUUUUCGAGCUAAUUGGCAAGUCAUUCCCAACUCUGAACAAGAGCCAGGCUGAGAUUUUUGUGCUCCACUGCUUCAACAAGUCGCGGCAGCCUGCCGAGUUCCAGCAGCACAUACGCGACUUCCUCAUCCAGCUCAAGGAGUGGGGGAGCCACGAGUCGGCCUUGUACGAGGAGCUGCUCUGUUCGUGA